AUGAUUCGAAUGUCUCAAGUCAGAAAAUCUACCCAAGAUAUGGGUAGCCAUGUACCUGGCCCUUCAACAAAUACUUGUAUGCUCCUAGACUUCCUGCGCGCUGCACACCUAAAGAACGACUGUGAUGGAGUUAUUCGUCGUCAAAGCACUGUUCUAUCCCUCUUCCACUCAUCAGUGCCAUAUACCAUACCGCUAGAGCCUUGCCAUGCAAACUCCACAUUCAAUCUCACCAUUCGAGAGCCCUUACUAUGCGAGCUAUUCCCCAAGAUCACAUGGUACUGGUUUCAAUUCUGGAAAGAAGACCCGUUGUACAGCUGCGUCUUGGAAGAUGAUGCUCUUCUAAAAAUUGAAAAUCCUGAACGAUUAAAGCAGUUGCUUCCAAACCGAGAAAUGUUGGAAAAAAGCUUUUCAGAUAAUUCAUCUGACUUCAAUGCUAAAGCUUUCGCAAAAAAAGCUGUCAAAUCUUGGUCGCCGGAUUACAAAAAGAUGAGAUCACACCGGAGAUUUGGUUGCAACCACAAGGAGGAGAACGGGAAUCACACAGUUGUCUGUCUCUUCGUGAAGAUGUGA